AUGAUGAAGUUUUUAUUAAAAACAUUCCUUGAAUUAAACAUUUUUUCGCCAUCUAAUUUUGGAAGUAGUAUUAAUCGAGUAACAGCUAAACAAUAUGGUCGAUGGGCAACUCGUCUCUAUAUUCUUUUAUUUAUUAUUGGUAUUACAAUAAUUAUCUUUUAUACCACUAUUCGACCGCAUACUGUAAUAGAAACAUUUGAUCAACCAUUAUUUAAUUCUUAUCAACAAUUACAAAAAGAUUAUGGAAAUAAAUUAAAAUGUUCAUGUUCACAAAUAGCAUCAACAUACAAUAAAUUUGUUGAAAUUACGCCAGAAUUUCAUCCAAUUUGUUUAAGUAAAUUUGUAUCAAAAGAAUGGCAUACGAGUAUAAUUAAUCGACUUGCUUUGAAUUUUUCUGUCUAUUCAAAAAAUGAUUAUCGUCGAUUUCUUCCUGCUCAUUUACAAUAUCUUCAAGAAUUAUGUCGAUUAUCAAACCAGUCAGUUAAUAAUACGAUUAAAGAAUUUCUCACAUCCUUACUAGUUACUGUUGAACUUCGUUCUGAAGAAGAUUUUCAUCGUCGUAUCGAAACUUUAAUUGUGCAAAGUAAAUCUAAUGUUCCCAUUUUACUUUCUCGUUUUCUUUAUAUGAUUCAAAGUUUUAAUCAUGGAAAUGCUUUUAUGACAACAUAUGAAACAAAUUUUCAGUAUACUUCUUCGGUAUCUUUUCUUUCUUGGAAAUAUGCUUAUACAGAUGCAAUUAUUUAUGAUAAUAAUUGUUCAUGUGGAUUAUCUUCAAAUUGUACAACUCAAGCUAUUUUUAUUGAAAAUUCAACAGAAAUUCCAAUUGAAGGAUUAAAAAUGGGAUGUUUACCAAGUGAAUCAUUUCAUUUAUCAACUCUUGAAUGUUUUUAUAAUCAAUCAUGUCUUGAUCUUAUUUCUAAUUAUACAAAUUAUGAUAAUAUUUCAACUCAUCGUUUAAAUAUAUCUACUCGUUUUCCACCAAAUACAACUAUUAAUCAAUUAAUAAGUCAUUCAUUUACUCAACAAUGGUUAAAUAAAUCGAAUUAUUCAUUAUAUUAUCAUCAAUGUUCUCCUUCAUCAUGUUCAUAUACUUAUAAUGAAAGAUUUAAUAUUUUUUAUAUUAUUACACUUUUUCUUAGUCUACAAGGUGGAUUAAUGUUUGUUUUAGCUUGGAUUUGUCCUAAAUUAAUACGAAUUAUAUUUGAAAUCAAUGAUUAUUAUCAACGAAAAAGGCAAAGAACAUCUGUUCAUCCUGACAAUUCACUUAUAACUUCAUCAAAUAAUAUAAAUAUUCAAACAGAGGCGAAUAGAACAUCUGAUUUUUCAAUUUAUUAUGUUCGAAAUAUUGCAAUAAUAACGAAUAGAAAUAUAAUUACAACAACAACAACAACAACAACAAUUACAACUACAGUGAUAUCAACAAUAUCUUCAAUAACAACAAAAUUACUUUGUCGAACGAAAUUUCAACGAAUAUCAACUAAUACUUCUUGUUCUGGAUUUAAAGAAAUCACUUUUCAUAAUCUUACUGGUGAUUUUAACAAUGAUAAUCAAGUUGAUUUUGUAUAUGUUUGUAAAUCGAAUGAUAAAGGAGCGAUAUUUGUUUCAUUCAAUAAUGGAGACGGAACAUUUUAUAAUUUUAUGAUUGAAUCUUUACUAAAUUUUCAAUCGAUAAAAUUACUUUAUGUUGCCGAUUUUAAUAAUGAUAAUCGAUCUGAUAUAUUUUUGAUAUAUGAAGUUGGAUGGCAAGACGAUUUAACAGUUUUAUUGAACAAUGGUAAUAAAACGUUCAAAACUUUAACGAUGGAGGCAAUUGGAAACAUUGGCGGAAUACGUGCUCCUCGUAUUGCUGAUUUUAAUAAUGAUAACAAAUAUGAUGUGUUUUUUACAUUGUAUGAUGGAUCAAAGGAAAAUCUAAAGGUUUUAUUGGGUCAUGGAAAUGGAACAUUCGAAAGAAUAAUUAAAAACUCACCUAUGAGAGCGAUUUAUCGAACAAAAGAUACAAUCUUAUGUGAUCUUAAUAAUGAUAAAAUAUUGGAUAUUGUUAGGACUUUCGAAUCUGUUGCUAACAUUGGAGGUAUAGCCAUCGAAUUUAACAACGUUGGAGUAGCGUUUGGACGCGGAAAUGGAACUUUUUCAUCAGAAAAUUUAUUAUCUAAUGAAUACACGAUGUACUCAUCAAGAUUAAUUGUGGCUCAUAUUAACAAUGAUCAUUAUCUCGAUAUUGUUGUAUAUAAUAAACACUCUAAACAUAUUUAUGUAUAUUUUGGAAGUGCAAAUGGAACAUUUUACCUUCAAAGUCCAUUUUUCACUACUAUCGGCGAUAAUAAUCAUUUUCUAGUAAUUGAUGAUUUUGAUAAUAAUAAUCAAUCUGAUAUUAUUUUUAUUUAUAAUUGGAAAGAUGUCGAAUGUAUUACAUAUCAUUAUCAUAAUAAUAGUUUUAUAAAAAAUAAGAAAACCUUAAUUAAAUCGAAUGGAACAUUGAAUUCGAUUGUUGUACAUGAUAUUAAUAAUGAUAUGAAUUUAGAUAUUAUUCUUCAUAUGAAUAAUCCUAAUCAAAUUUAUAUUUUAUUUGGAUAUGGAAAUGGUUCUUUUUAUACACAAAUGAUUUAUUCAAGAGAAAUUCUAGAAAGUUCAAGUUCAUUGAUUAUUUAUGAUUUAAAUAAUGAUAAUUAUCAAGAUAUAAUCAGUGUUGAUCAUAAAAUUAACCUUAUUGAUGUUUUCUUAAAUACACGUAAUUGUUCAACUAACUAA